GGCACCCCCACGCGGCCCUUUAUUAUACAGCGCGCGGCGGCGCAACCGCGGCGAGCCAACCAGAGACAGUACAGCGACACCAAAACGCGCGCUGCACGGCACGGCCCACGGCGAGGAUGGAGAUGGAGACGGAGUGGGUCGUGGUGGAGGAGGAGAACCAGGCGGCGGAGGAGGAGGGGAUGGGGAUGGGCUGGAAGGCCCUGUUCCUGCGGCGGGCGGUGAUGGCGGACGCCAGCUGCCGCGCCGCACACGGCCUCCUCGAGGGCCUCGUCGCGGCCUUCGGCGAGCAGGAGUCACUCGAAAUGGCCCGCGGCGGCCGCUCGGGGGAGGAGGAGGAGACCCGCCGCGCGCUCGAGGCCGCCUCCGCGGAGCUCGGCCUCACCGCCGCCCACAUCGGCGCCGCCCGCCACCUCGCGCUCCGCUGCCGCGCCCGCCCGAGCCCGGCGGAUCGGCCGCCGCCGCUCUCCGACUGCUCCCCCGCGAGAGCCCCCGCCGCCGCCGGAGACGAAGACGAAGGCCUCCUCGCCGACCCUGAGGUGCGGCGCGCGCUGGGCCUGCUCCGGGAAGCGGCGGGGCUCGUACGCGCCGUGCACGACCUGGUGGAGAGCGCCCGCGGCCACCUGGGAGCCGCCGGGUUCCUGCGGCUGGCGCUGCGCGACAACUACGACGACGGCCGGGACGCCGCUGCCGCUGCUCCCUGGCUGCACGGCCCCUGCGCCGGCUCGCGGCUCGGAGGCGUCUUGGACGUCGCCCAGGCGUGGGCGCACGCGACGGAGCUCGCCGAGACCACCCAAGAGGCGCGGGACGCGGCCUUCGCCUUCAGCGACGACUGAGCAAGAGGCCUCCAUAGGUCCUAAAUCUGCUGCGACGACUGAGGAGGCCUCGAUCGGUCCGUGCGCUCCGGUCUCCUGAAUCUGCAUUCGCUUGCUCGAUUUCGUUUUGCUUUCCAUGCCGUAGCUUGCCCGUAGCGGGACGUGAAUCCGAGAUGGACCCUGUGUCGAUUUGGUUCUGAACUUUUGAUCCUUGUCUUCUGACCGUGUCGAUGAUCUGAGGCUAUAAUUCAGUACGUACGUCGGUUAGUAGGUUGCUUGUCUUGCUUGAAUCGUAGGACUGAUAGAUCAUCCGGUGCUGUUUUUGUUGAUCAAACAUCCAUGCUGAUCUGUUGGUUGCUAUAUUGUUUGCCCUCCAUAGCAUUCUGCCUUUUA